AUAAUAACAAUGGCGGACACCGGAGUGCUUGCGUGGAUAUCUGUGAUCGUUUUCACCUGUUUGACACUUUCUAGGGCGAACCAGUAUGCCCGAGGAUGGGGUGAUAACAUUGAGUGGGUCAGUCUAGAAGAUGGAUUGGCAAAAUCUAAGGCAGAGAACAAACCACUGAUGCUUCUUAUUCACAAGUCUUGGUGUGGUGCUUGCAAAGCCUUAAAACCUAAGUUUGCAGAAACAAAAGGAAUUAUUUCACUCAGUAAACAGUUUAUUAUGGUGAACACAGAGAAUGAAGAAGAACCUUCAGACAAGCAGUACAGUCCAGAUGGUGGAUAUAUACCAAGGAUCCUUUUCUUAGACCCUGAAGGGAAAGUCCGGAAGGAGUUCAUCAAUGAAGCUGGGAAUGACCGCUACAAAUACUACUAUCCUGAUACAGAAGGCAUUGUGGCAUCCAUGCAAAAUGUGAUCGAGGCAGUGGAGGAUGGGAAAUUCUCAGCAGGAAAAAGUAAAACAGAACUAUGAUUAGGUCACGUAGUUCAGCCUGGCUGUAUGCAGGGUCCAGUAGCUACUUUGGGUUACAUGUCAAACUGGACCUUGUACUUUCAUCUAGGACAUUAAAUUUCAAACACAUUUCUUAAAAUCAGAUAAAAAUAUAAAGCGUCUUUAGUGUUUUUAAGGCCAGAACUUUUCUUUUUUUCUUUUUCUUGUUUUGUGGAUUAACCUGCCAUACAUUUCACAAAAUUUAUUACAUCCACAGACAAAAUACUAUGGUUUGAUGAAUAAAUAUUUAUAUCUAA